AUGCCAGACGAGGAGAAGAACGACCCCAUUCGCAUCUGCUUUCAGAUGGAGGUCGCCUUCUGGUUCUACAUUGACUUCUACUGCGAGACAAUGCCCAACUUGCCUCGACUGAAGCUGCGCAAGUUUGCCUACAUCAUGUUCGAGCACAUCCCCAGGUUGCACAAGUUUCUCGACCCAGAGGUCUUCGAUAAGGUGAUCACCAACUGGAUCGAGUACAAGUUCAGCAUUCCUUGCUCCGGCGGAGUGCUGCUUGACAAGAACCUCGAGUACGUUCUGCUCGUUCAGGGCUACGGCUCCAAAAAUUGGUCCUUCCCCAAGGGAAAGGUGAACCACGAUGAGACGCUGAUGAACUGCGCCAUUCGCGAAGUGCUCGAAGAGACGGGCUNCUUGACAAGAACCUCGAAGUCCGUCUGUCGGCUCUUCAUCGUCACCGACGUGGACAUGGACUACAACUUUCACCCGCACGUUCGCAAUGAGAUUCGCAGCAUUCAGUGGUUCGCCGUCAACGACCUGCCGAUGCGACCCGUCAAGAAGGCCGGCCAGGGCUGCUCACAGCCUACUACUUUCUCCAAGUUCUACACAGUGUAUCCCUUUGUUCCGCUAAUACGAAAGUGGAUCGAGAAGGAGCGUCGACAUCGACGAAAGUUGACCAGGAAAGUCGAUCGCCAGAGGACCUUCACAAAUGGCUCCUACAGCGAGGGGCCGACGGCGGGCAGCGGCAGUGGCAGCGGCGACGACCUUGCCUCCUCCUCCAACACCGUCAGCCCCUUCACCGUGGUGGAGGAUGGCAACCUCAGCCUGGCCACAACGGUGGAGAACAAGUCGACCAGCUUUGUGGACGUCAAGCUGGACGACAUUUACGCCGAUGACUCGAUGAUCGUUUCGACGAACAAUGUCAUGGUAAACAACGGCGCAAACAAUCUGCACGAACAAAGCGUGGUCGGCUUUCCCGUCUUCAACGCUGACUCUGACCCGGAGAGCGGCACUUCGCCCAAGGAAGACCCCCACCAGCACUCAAAAACUUCCUACCCGACCAGCUGGCAGGCACUGGUCAACGCCUACAAUCGCUCAAACACCAUUCACACGCCCAUUGGCUACGAUUUGAUGGUCGCAGGCUCUCGUCGUGGUGGCGGCGGUAACGGCGGGGGACCAAUAGCAAUGUCGACGCCUAUGAAAGGACAGGCGCCUCCGCCGAUGUUUGGGCCCGUCUCCUCGAAUGGCGUCAUCAGGGCGGAAGACUUGGAGGCAGCGCCGCCGCCACCUCAACAGCAGCAGCAGCCGGAUGGCGCCCAGCUGCACAGUCUACUGGGCUCAAAGGCGAUGACCUGCGGCGAUAAGCUCAACUUUCUCUUCAGCAUGGCCGCCACUAAUCAGCACACCGCAUCAUCAUCAACAUCGGCGUCGGCAACUCCGCCGCCACCACCACUGCUGCAGCAGCAGCCGCUGUCGAUGCCCAAAGUGGUUCAGCAAUCGGAGCCACAGCAAAACUACCAGCAUCCACAACAGAUGAUGCAGCAGCAGCAAGGGCAACAACAGCCACCGCCGCCCUCCGUGGACUUGAUGAGCUUGUUCUCCAACGGAUUGCCUUCUUCAAUGGGCGCCGCAGCUCCUGUUGCAGCUGCAGCCAGCGCCUCCAAUGUGCCCGCCUUUAAUGGCCUGUCGAUGCUCUUUGCGUCAUCGAGGAUGACUACAACGACAACGACGGCGGCGGCGGAGACGACUCAUCUCAAUGUUGGUGGCCAGCCGUCACGCCAGUCAACGCCAAGCAACCAGCAGCAGCAGCAGCAGCAGCGACAGCAGAAUUCGGCGGCCUUCAAGCCUUCAAGCAAACAGCAGCCGCAACAGCAGCAACAACAACAACGACAGUCGGCUCUCUCCAGCAGCUCGCAGUCGUCCAAGAGUUCACCCUUUGGAGCGAUUGGCUCCUCGACGAAGCAGCAGCUGCAGCAGACCUUUGAUCGGAUGCUUAGCGGUGCAGGUGCCGGGGCCGCUGUACUCUCGCCCACUGUUUCAUAUCUGCAAACGUCAUCGCGAACCUGCUCGCCGGGACCGCAAUUCCCGCCAUUACAACAACAACCACCGGCAGCAGCAUCAGCUUCGGGUUAUCCUCCCGACGGACAGACGGUGCUCACCGAGACUACGGCUGCGUUCUUUGCCGCCGCCACCGCCGCCGCCACCACCGCUGCCAGUUCUGGCGGCCCCUCUGGCACUGAAACGACGACGACGACCACCACCGUGGAGGAAACCACCACCACCAACUCCUACGGCGUCUACCAGCUCUUUGGCAAUCGAGCCACCAACAUCAUGGCCAAUCACGCUCAGCAGCAGCAGUUCCCACAGCAGCAACAGCUUCCACAGGCUGAGCAGCAGCAAGUUCAGCCAGCCGCCGCCGCCAACUACAAUGGCCUCAGCCCGAAGGUGGUCCCCGAGGUGCAGGCGAAGAUUCGACUACUCAUUGACCGCCUCAAGUUUCUCAACGGGGACUGA